UUUGCAAUCAGUUGUUAUUUAAACCUUCAAGAAAUAUGACGGCGACGAUAACGACAUUUCAAUUCAAGCCCUUAAAAAUGCGUUUUUUCUUAAUAUUAUUUUUAAUAAUUAAUCUAAAUUUGUGUAUUUGGGCUGCCGAAAAGGAUUCAAAUGCUUGGUCUUUUUCCUUGGGUAAUGUUCACCUAUUCGAUAUACCCAAAUUCAGUGGUUCUUUGUCAAUAUUUGGCGGUUCGGAACCGGUGGAACGUAGUGCAACAAAUUCAGUGGAAAAUAAUUAUUCAAAUGAAGUGUCUAUUGAUCCGGAUAUAAUUGAAGAUUCGCUAUUGAAAACGCCGGAUUUAAUAAGAAAAUAUGGUUAUCCCUCGGAAAUUCAUAAUGUUACCACCGAUGAUGGUUAUAUUUUGGAAAUACAUCGUAUAGCUAAACCAGGCGCUAUACCGGUCUUAUUGACUCAUGGUCUUUUGGAUAGUUCAGCUACAUGGGUGUUAAUGGGCCCCAAUAAAGGUUUAGCUUAUCUACUAUACGACAAAGGUUAUGAUGUUUGGAUGACAAAUGUGCGCGGCAAUACUUACUCUCGGAAACAUAUUAAAUACACUACUAAGCAUGGCUUUUGGGACUUUACUUUUCAUGAAAUGGGAAAAUACGAUUUGCCCGCUACCGUUGAUUAUGUUUUAAAGAGCACCGAUCACCAAAAGUUACAUUAUAUUGGUCACUCACAGGGUACCAUGACAUUUUUCAUAAUGUGCAGUGAACACCCGGAAAUUUGUGAUAAUAAAAUCAUGUUAAUGCAGGCUUUGGCACCGGUGGCCUUUAUAAAACAUGCCAAAAGUCCGGUAGUCGAAUUUUUGGCCUUCUUUCAUGAGCCAUUGGCGUUACUUUUAAAACUAAUUGGAGCCCAUGAGUUCUUACCCAGCAACGAUUUUAUUACCAUGUUUAAUCAAAUCAUUUGCGAUGAGGAUUCCAUAACCGAGGCCAUUUGUUCGAAUGUUAUGUUUUUGGUGGCCGGUUUCGAUAAGAAACAAAUGAACGAGACCAUGUUGCCGGUGAUAUUGGGUCAUGCUCCCGCUGGGGCCGCCACCAAACAAAUGCAACAUUAUGGCCAACUGAAACGUAGUGGUCAUUUUAGACAAUAUGAUUAUGGUUGGAUACGUAAUCAUUGGCGUUAUGAUUCGAUUACACCACCCGACUAUAACUUGGCCAAUGUUAGAGCUAAAGUUGCUUUACAUUAUUCCAUCAACGAUUGGCUGGCCACUCCAGAGGAUGUGGAAAAAUUACAUCAACGUUUACCCAAUGUGGUGGGAAAAUUUAAGGUUAACUAUGAUGAAUUUAAUCAUUUAGAUUUUGUUUGGGGCAUCAAUGCCCGAGAGCUGUUAUAUAGUAAAAUGUUAAAGCUUAUGGAAAUGAUAGAGAGAGGUGAUUUUUAAUUUAAAAAUCACUAUCUCUCUCGUUAACAUAAAUGUUAAAGAGAGAAAUUUGUGGUAGUUUAAGAGUUUGUUGUAUAUUUUAUUCUAGUUUUUAAGUUUAGUUUUAGGAGAGGAGUGGGGAAUCUAUAGCUCCUAGUUAUUUUUGUACAAUAAAUAUAGUAUUAAUUUUUAUACUAAAUUAAUAAAAGUACCUUGUAUAUAAAAUAAAAUAUUAUAAAAAUUUCAUU